AUGCAGGUCUGUCUUCUUGUUGCCAGUGUCUUGGUUGGACUGUUGGGUGUGUCUGAAGGAUGCACUCCCCCAGAAGGGAUUUAUAUUCCACCGACGCUGGAGGAGAAAAUGAUGAAAAGUGAUGUUGUCCUGCAAGGAGUGGCCUUGUCAGUCGAGCCUGACACCAGAUUCCCUGGUGAUGACGUGUACAGUGUCACUUUUGAGGUGCAUUGUAUCUACAAGGGAAGCCCUAUUAAUGAGGUCAUUCGGAUAGAGGAGGCUG